AUGGAGUUAAUUUCUCUUCCUCUAGUUCUCUUGCUGAUUUCAAACAUCCACUCUGAAGAAACUAAAGGUAAUUUAAGUUCUCAAGUGUCUGUUUGGCCUGGUGAUCAUGUAUACAGAGGAGAAACUGUCAAUCUCAGAUGUGUCAUCAAUGGAGGAGGAGUCAGCAGCUGGCAGUACGGCUGGUAUAACAAUGAUUCAGUCAUCCAGCAGAAUAAACUCCAGCAUUACACAAUCAGAUCUGUUACUGAGUCUGACGCAGGUAAUUACACCUGUAGAGGAACAGAGAACAGAGGAUCACGAUCCUCAAACAUCAGUAAUGCAGUUACACUGGGAGUAUCAGGAUCAAAACUAAAACCUGAACUCACAUCAGAUACUGAAGGAUCUGUACUGACAGGUAACACAGUUACUCUGAAGUGUCACAUUGAUCAGUCUACUGGAUGGAAGUUUUACUGGUACAAAAACACACAAAACACUGAGAAGAUGACAACAGAAACAAACUCUUACACACUCAACAGAGUUUCAGAUGGAGGUCAGUACUGGUGUAGAGCUGGAAGAGGAAAACCAGACUAUUACACAGACUACAGUGAUGGACUGUGGAUAAAUGUUAAAGGUGAGAGGAAACCUGUAGUAAGGGUUGAUCCUGACAAACAGCUGUUCAGAGGAGAAACUGUUACUCUGAAAUGUGACAUACAGGAUACAGGAGACACUGAGUGGACAUACAGCUGGACUGUAGAAAAGACAAAUAACAGAAAUAUAAUCACACAAUGCAACACACAAGAGUGUAAAAUCAACAACAUUCAACAGACUGACAGUGAUAAAUACACCUGUAGAGGAAAGAUACGUGAACAAAACACUGAGAUGAGUGAUGCUGUUACACUGACUGUAUCAUCAGAUAAACCACAGACAGUUUUAAGUGUUUCUCCACAGCAGUGGUUGACUGAAGGAGAUUCAGUGACUCUGAUGUGUGAGGUUAGAAGUUCAUCUACAGGCUGGACAUUCAGCUGGUUCACUGUACAGAGUCUUUACUCAGGUAAUAUCUCAUUCAUCUCAUCUAUUGACUAUCAGUUGGUGUCAGUCAGCAGUGGAGGAUCUAAAGGCAUCUACACAGUGAGUUCAGUGACUGUGAAGCACACAGGAGUUUAUAUGUGCAGAGCAGAGAGAGGAGAUCCAGUCUAUCACACAGAGUACAGUAACACACAAACACUGUGGAUCACUGGUGUUUCUCCUUCAGUCUCUCUGAUCAUCAGACCCAACAGAUCUCAACACUUCUCAUCUGAAUCUCUCUCUCUGAGCUGUGAGGAUCACAGUAACUCUACUGGAUGGACAGUGAGACCAUACACAGAAGAUAAAGUAAACCCUUGUUCAUCACCAACCUAUGGAUCAGAAACCACAUCUACAUGUACAAUCAGUUCUCUCAUCACAUCUGAUACUGGAGUGUACUGGUGUCAGUCUGAAUCUGGAGAGAAACUUCAUCCUGUUAAUAUCUCAGUACACUAUGUUGAUGUGAUUCUGGACAGUCCUGUUCAUCCUGUGACUGAAGGAGAUAAUCUGACUCUACGCUGUUUAUAUCGAUAUAAAAACUCCUCUAACCUGAGAGCUGAAUUUUAUAAAGAUGGAUCAGUGGUGCAGAAUCAGACUACAGGAGACAUGAUGAUCAUCCCUACAGUCUCAAAGUCACAUGAGGGUUUCUACUACUGUAAACACCCAGAGAGAGGAGAGUCUCCAAAGAGCUGGAUCUCAGUCAGAGAUAAACGACCAUCAGUUUUAAGUGUUUCUCCACAGCAGUGGUUGACUGAAGGAGAUUCAGUGACUCUAAUGUGUGAGGUUAUAAAUUCAUCUACAAGCUGGACAUUCAGCUGGUUCACUGUACAGAGUCUUUACUCAGUUAAUAAAGAUGACUAUCAGCUGGUGUCGAACAGCAGUGGAGGAUUUAUAGGCAACUACACAGUGAGUUCAGUGACUGUGAAGCACACAGGAGUUUAUAUGUGCAGAGCAGAGAGAGGAGAUCCAGUCUAUCACACAGAGUACAGUAACACACAAACACUGUGGAUCACUGGUGUUUCUCCUUCAGUCUCUCUGAUCAUCAGACCCAACAGAUCUCAACACUUCUUUUUUGAAUCUCUCUCUCUGAGCUGUGAGGAUCACAAUAAAUCUACUGGAUGGACAGUGAGAAGAUACACAGACAAACUGGAAUCUUGUUCAUCAUCAGACAGGAGAUCUAAAGGAACAACAUCUACAUGUACAAUCAGAUCUCUCCACACAUCUGAUACUGGAGUGUACUGGUGUCAGUCUGAAUCUGGAGAGAAACUUCAUCCUGUUAAUAUCUCAGUACACAAUGAUGAUGUGAUUCUGGACAGUCCUGUUCAUCCUGUGACUGAAGGAGAUCCUCUGACUCUACGCUGUUUAUAUCGAGAUAAAAACCCCUCUAACAUGAGAGCUGAAUUUUAUAAAGAUGGAUCAGUGGUGCAGAAUCAGACUACAGGAGACAUGAUGAUCAUCCCUACAGUCUCAAAGUCACAUGAGGGUUUCUACUACUGUAAACACCCAGAGAGAGGAGAGUCUCCAAAGAGCUGGAUCUCAGUCAGAGCCGCAGGAUCUUUAUCUCUUGGUCUUAUUGUUGGUCUGUGUCUUGGACUGAGCGUCGUGUUUUUGAUCUUUUUCUUGAUCCUGCUGUGGUGCUACAAAAACAAAAAACUCUCUCAGUCUCCUUUAGCUGUUAGUCCACAGCAGAACAUCAGUCAGACAUCAGAUCAGAAACAGACUGAAGAUGUUUACAAUCCACUGCAGUCUGGAGAGGCUCAUCUUUAUGACUCUAUUAAUACAACAAACAAUAAAGACACAAGCACAGUGACUCAGGCCGGCCACAGUGAUGCCAUGUAUUCAGAGGCCAACUUCGAGAAAAACAAACUCGAGAGCAAAGACAAUGAAAGUGAAUCAGCUGAUCUCACCUAUGCUGAUAUUGAACUGAAACCUAGGAAAGAAAUGAAGAAAGAGAAGAAAGGGAAUAACAGUGAAGAUGGUGAUACUGUGUACUCUAAACUGAAGAAACCAUGAGGUCAAGUUGAGAUAAACUAAUAUUUUAAACAAAUAUGAAAAUGGCACCAAACACAGCACUUAGUAUCUGUAUUCAGUAUCCAUUUUAGUUUUUUGCAUGAUUUACUUAUUUUUCAGAUGUUGCUUCUGUUUUUGUGACUUAUGUUCAGAUUAACUAAAAUACCACAGAAGAAAGAUGUGGCAACUAAUGCUUAAUAUUAUCAUUUUAAACCGUUGUGUGCAUUUGAUGAAAUACUUGCUUAUCUUUGAUUCUCUAAUAGCAUUAAAUAGGUUUUUAUGAGGAGCUCAGAUGCAGAAGCUGCUACACGCCACCAAAUGCCACAACCUUUAAAAAUGAGAUAAUGAUAUUAACCGAAUGCUCUCGGCACAUAUUAUACGUUUAUCAAAUACUUUGGCAUUCAAUCCUUU